AUGCUGCUGGAGAAGAAUGCUCGAUUGGAAGUUACUUUAGGGAAUCUCAAGAAAGAACUGGAGGAGCUUUCAAAGAGAUGUGUCAAACUGGAUGGGCGACUGCAAGAAGAGGCUGAAGAGCAGAGCCUAAUGCAGCAGGAAAUCAAGGACAAAGACCAAGAGAUGGACGUGAUGAGAGAUCUGAUUGACAAGUCCAAGUACUGGGAGAUCAAGCUAAACCUGCAAGCACAAGAAAUGGAGCAGACAGCCAGUCAAGACGAGAAGAGGAGUUUCCUGCUGGAUGAACGGACUCAGCGGCUGUCGUCUGCGUGGCCCAGACUGAAGAUGAGGCUCAGACUAGACGGGGAGCUUUCCAUAUCGGUUCAUCCAUCUCCCUGUCUCAAUAAGCCAUCAGUGGUUUUGGUUUGGAUCCAAAUCAAUCGUGUUCUGACGGUGACCCAAAUCAUCCGUCUCUCGCUGCCGUCUGCUUCCAUCCCAGUGCCUUUCUAA